AUGCAAGCUGCUGGUCCUCAAAUCUCGCCUCUCGUUCCUCUGCGCUCACGAACCACGGUUCAGGCUGGAAGAGAAAGGGUUCGUGUCACCAAAUCUUCACGAAGGGCUAUCCCUGCGACGACAUCCGAGUGCGGGCUGACCGAGCUUUUAUUUUUGCAGUUUUCGGUUGGGCAUUCUUUGGUCUCCGAAAAGGAGGUGUUUCUUUUUGAUUUGAAGGAGGUGAUAUCACAACGAAGGCAUCCAAACGGCGCUGUUUCGAUACAAAAGAGUCCAGAAGACGGAAGACCUAGAGUCUGCUUCUCUGUGCCGAGCGACUUACCACCAUUUCAAGGUUUCCUCGUUGAUAUUGACAAUCCUGAUCUCGAAACUCGGCCAACUCGACCACGGCCACAGAGAACACAUCUUACUUGA